GUGGAAUUAGGAUGAGUGUAUGUCUUUAUUCAACAGACAAUGGUAUUUUAUACUCUUGUAAGAAAUUUCUAUGCAAUUAUGCAUAUAUUACACUGGAAACAUGUUUUCACAAUAUAAAGAAGUUUACUUGGUACAUAAUUUCUCGCAGAAAUAUUAUUAGACGUGCAUUCAAUCUCUAAAGAAAAUAUGGUUUGGUGGUUCUCAUGGCUCUGUCUCCUCUUCUUCCUCUUUACUUCUCAAUUGAACUGUUCAUUAUCAUCUUCCAACUCUUCCUCUCCUCCUUCUUCAAGGCAUGUGUGUAAUUCUGAUGAGAGUUCUGCUUUACUUCAAUUCAAGAACUCAUUUCAAGUUAAUCACUCUAUAUAUGCUUAUCCCAAGACAGACUUCUUUUCUCCCAAGACAGACUCAUGGGCAAAAGAGGAAGACUGUUGCAAAUGGAGUGGUGUCACAUGUGAAAGGGUCACUGGUCACGUGAGCGGCCUCAACCUUAGUUAUGGUGGGCUUCAAGGAAUACUUCACCCCAACAGCAGCUUAUUCUCUCUUGGCCAUCUCAAGAUGCUAGACCUAUCUUUCAAUGAUUUCAUGGGUUCUUCCAUUUUCAAGUUUGGUGGAUUUGUAAGUAUGACACACCUCCACCUCACUGAUUCCCACUUCACAGGAAAAAUCCCUUCCGAAAUCUCCCAGCUUUCCAAACUUGUUUCACUUGAGCUCUCCUCAUACUCUUCUAGGCCCUAUGAAAAAACAACAAUAGACAUGCUUACCAUGAAAGGAAUUGCUCAGAACCUCACCAGCCUUAGAGUGCUUUCUCUCCAGUUUGUCGACAUGUCUUCAGUUAUACCUGAUUCCUUCCUGAAUUUGUCCUCUUCCUUGACUUCGCUUUGGCUCUCAUUUUGUAAUUUGCGUGGUAAGUUCCCAGAGAAUGUUUUCCACCUACCCAACCUGGAAGAACUUAAAUUGUUUGGAAACACUGAUCUCACAGGGUAUACCCCCAAAUCUAAUUGGAGUAGUCCACUGAACUACUUGGGGCUCUCUGAGACUAAAAUCUCAAUAGAUCUGCAUUUCUUGACAAGCAGUUUGAAAUCUUUGAGGUAUUUGUAUCUUCAGAAGUGCAAUUUCACAGGAUCGCGCUCGCAUCUUGAAUUGUCUGAUAACCUCACACAACUCAUGUCUUUGGAUCUCUCUGGGAAUAGUUUUGGUGGCCACAUACCAUGGUCGCUUUUAAACCUUGAGCAUCUCCAUUACUUGGAUCUUUCCAGCAACAUAUUUGUGGGACUUCCAGAAAUUCAUGGUAAUUCCACAAAAGCAUCUUCAACUUUACAUGAUUCUUCAAAGAAACAACUUCUUGGUGGUUCUAUUCCUAUGGGUUUGACCUUUCUCAGUUUGUAUAACAACUUGCUUAGCGGAACAAUACCAUCUUUGGUAUAUUCUUUGCCAUCAUUGGAAUAUUUGCACCUCGGCAACAACGAAUUCACUGGUAAUAUCAAAGAUUUCCAGUCUCUUUCCUUGUCAUAUCUUUAUUUAAAUAAUAACAAGCUGCAUGGCAUGAUUCCGAAUUCGAUCUAUGGACUUGUGAAACUUAGCGAUCUUUAUAUAGCCUCAAACAAUUUGAGUGGCGUUGUGAAGUUUGAAAAGUUUCAAAAUCUCCAAAGUCUCAUCCAUCUUGAUCUUUCCUAUAAUUGUCUAACGGUGAGUUUUCAGAACUUCAGUAAUUAUACGUUGCCCAAACUUUCAUCACUGCACAUGUCUGGUUGCAAAAUAACUCAGUUUCCACACUUCCUGAGAACCUCAACCCAAUUAAGAUCCCUAGAUCUUUCCAACAACCAGAUUCAAGGCAACGUUCCAACAUGGGUGUUGGACGUGGGGAGAAAUUCAUUGUCCUACUUUUUGAUGUCGAACAAUCAAUUGACUGGAGCAUUGCCAUCCACCAUUUGCAACCUGACUUCUGUCCAAGUAAUUGAUUUAUCUAAGAAUAGCUUGAGUGGCAGGAUUCCUCAAUGUAUAGGGAAUUUCAGUCAAAAACUCUCAGAUUUGGAUUUGCAUUUGAAUAAAUUUCGUGGCAAGAUCCCUUCAACAUUCCCAAAGGGAAACAUCUUGAGGGAUCUUAACCUUCGUGGAAAUCAGUUGGAAGGGACACUACCAAAGUCUCUAAUCAAUUGCACAAAGAUGGAAGUUCUAGACUUGGGAGACAACAAGCUAAACGAUACUUUCCCGAAUUGGUUGGAGUCUCUUCCCGAGUUACAGGUUCUCAUCUUGAGAUCUAACAGACUGUAUGGUCCAAUUGGCAGUCCAGAGACAAGAUUUCCCUUCAGAAAACUGCGAAUCAUUGACCUCUCCCACAAUCAGUUUGGUGGCCCUUUGCCAACAAAGUACUUUCAGAAAUUGGUGGCUAUGAAAAAUGUGCAAGAUGAUGAACUGAAGUACAUGGGAGAGUCCUAUUACCAAGACACAGUCACAGUGGUAAUGAAAGGCUUGUAUCUUGAGCUGGUCAAAAUACAAACCAUGUUCACAACCAUUGAUUUUUCAAACAAUGUUUUCACAGGAGAGAUUCCGGGGGUGAUUGGCAAGCUUAAAUCAUUGAAGGGGCUUAACUUCUCUAGUAACAAGCUUAACGGUUCAAUUCCAUCCGCCUUCGUUAACUUGACCAGUCUCGAAUGGCUGGACAUCUCCUCAAACGUGCUUUCCGGUGAGAUACCAAGGCAGCUAGCCGAUUUGACGUGGCUUGCUAAGUUAAACCUAUCAGGAAACCAGUUGGUUGGACCAAUACCUCGUGGCAAGCAGUUUGAAACGUUUGAAAAUGAUUCAUACAGUGGAAAUUUGGGGUUGUGUGGAUCUCCACUGUCUAAAACAUGUAUCAACGACGAAGCACCUCAACCACCAACGUUUGAUCAGCAAGAUGGUGAUAUGAAUGUAUUUGAUUGGAAAAUAGUAUGGAUGGGUUAUGGAUGUGGAAUGGUAAUUGGAUUGUCUGUGGGAUAUAUUGUUCUUUCCAUUGCGAAAGUUGAUCGGGGGGUAAGGGUCAUGGGAAGAAAAAUAAGGAGCAGAAUGGCGAAAAGGGCCAAGAAGACUAGUGUUGGAACUAGAAAGUGGUGAUGGUCUUUUCCUUGGUUACUACUUACUCCAAAGGCGUUCUAAACUUCUAAUGAAUACAGUUCAACAAGUCCGCCCACAUAUCAUAUUCUAGCCCCUGCUGCUAUGUUUGUUUCUUUUAUUAUUUUUUCUUAUUUUAGACUUGCUUUUUGUUUCACUUUAUAGGGAGGGGUUUUGGUCGAUGUCCCCCUCUCCCGACUUGUAUUUUAUCUUUCUACUUUUGAGUUUCAACAAAUAAAAGAAUGGAGACUUUUGAG